GACUGGAUCGGAUUUGUUGGUGACUGUCUCUGGCUAGUUAGUGCACGACACUACCACCACAGUACAGCACACACCACACUACACUACUCGUGAGUCUAGCAGUAGUAUCUAGUGUGGUUACCUACCAGAAUCGCAGACGACGCAUGUAGAGGAGCUAGGCCGGGCAGGACACAGGAAUUGAAGAUCGAGCGAAGCAGCCAAGAACUCGAGAUUCCAUCAUCCAUGGCGCCGCCUCCUCCUCCUCCUCCGCACGAGUCGGACAGCUGCCGGUCGGAGGCUGCAGCGCCGGCGGUGGUGACGACGGUGGACGUGACGGCGGCGAGGGACCUUAUUAUCUCCUCUGCCGGCGGCGGCCACCGGUACCUGUACCUGGACGUGAGGGCGGAGGAGGAGCUCGCCAAGCUGGGGCAUCUCGUCGAGCCCCAAAACUGCCUUAACGUCCCCUACAUGUUCAUCACUCCGCAAGGAAGCCGGGUGAAGAACGCCCAGUUUGUGGAGCAGGUGGCGUCGCUCUUGACCAACAAAGAGGAACCCGUCCUAGUGGGGUGCCAAAGCGGCAAGAGAUCAGAGCUAGCAUGCCUUGAUCUCCAAGCAGCAGGAUUCAAGAAGGUCAAGAACAUGGGAGGUGGCUACCUUGCCUGGGUGCACCAUGGCUUCCCCGUCCACCACUCACUCCCCGUCCCUGGCAACAUGGAACAUGAUACAUUUCCACGUCCACCGACACCGCCACCAGCACCAGCACCAGCACCAGGCAGCCAUGCCUAGCCUCAAUGGCGGCCACGCACAGCAGCAUGUGCAAUUGAAGCCCAGCUGCUGGGACUGCGACUGGGACCUGCCUGCCCCUCAGCCCCUGCCGCCACCAGCGUUCUACAAUACAAUCUACUCUCUACUCUACUCAGCAGGCAGGCAAAAUAAAAUAAAGCUACUGCCCUCUACUUGCUGCUGUACACCCUAAACUGUGUCUACUUCUACUUGUAUGAUCCGGCAACAUUAUGUGGAUGUGGUGCCAAUAAACUAAACACAUGGUAAACGCCUCAAUUAGCAAGGUAAUCUGUCAGCCAUUCAGCAGUA